AUGAUUGAGAGCCACCAGCUUGCCCGCCUGGCGAAACCUCAUCAUAAGGAACCAACAGAUAUACGGUGGAUUCCACUGAACUUCCCGUGGUACAAGAUCAACAUCGAUGCCGCUGUCUUUGCCGUCUCCAAGUCUGUGGGAAUUGGUGUUGUGGUUCGUGACCGUGAGGGGUCAGUUGUGGCAGCUCUGAGCAAGCGAAUGCCACUGCCGUUGGGACCUCUUGAAGCCAAAGCAAAAGCCAUGCAUGAAGCGGUCACUUUCGCCAAAGAUGUUGGACUCCAGGACGUCAUUUUCGAGACAGACUCUGCCAUUCUUUCAACUGCCCAGAAUGAUAUCCCCAUGGCACCAACCAGCAUUGACAACGUCAUACAGGACACUCAUCACAGCUUGCAAGCUUUUUGA